UAGGAUACUUCCCCCCCCCCUUUCGGGCUGUUUGCAGUUCCCACGCACGCACGCACCCGGCAGCCCAUCUCUCUCUCCCCCCCCCUCUUUUUGCUCCCUCUCCCGCUUCUUCUCUUUCUCCUUCGUUUUCUUCUUCCUCCUCCCGAGACUCCCUCUGUAUCCUUCCACUUUUCCGCGCCUAUCCGGAAAGGCGACCCGGCUUGGUUGAGAUUUCUGAACGCGGUGCAUCGCGCCCCCCGCCUCCCCACCCCGGGUGGCGUGGAAACAGCCCUGAUUGCACACUCUGCAUAUCGCAGACUGUAAGCGCGAGCUGGGCUCGCCCGUUUUCGCCCGCGCUCUCUUCUCCCUCUCCCUUGUAUGUGUGUCUCUCUUGUAGGACUGGCUAUGGCCACCACUACUUCCGGGUUCCGUCAUUUCAUUCUCCCGCCGAUCAGCGCCGCAAAACUGAGCCUCUUCUAUAAGCCAGCCAGCAGCCAACCUGCCAACACUUACUGACACUCACUCAUCUCAGAGGGAGAGGUGAAGAGGCAAAAUACCUACCGGGAGGGGGGGGGAAAGCAACGCGCGCGCACACACACACUCACACAAGCACGCACAUACACACGCACACAAAAAGAACGGAGGAAGUCCACGUUUUGCAAACUAUUCCAUUUUUCUUCGCAUCCUACCCCACCCUCCCCCCUCCCGGUAGUUAUUUUUUUUUUUUAAAGAACCUAUAGCUUUCCUACAAGCAAACCCCAAACGCGGACUUACUGAGAAAGAAUCCGAGGUUAAAAGAUUCCUCUUUUCUUCUUCUUCUUCUUCAUCAUCAUCAUCAGCCAUCAUUCAUUCACUACCUUGACAUUCCAUGGCUUUGAUUGACAGCUGGAGUGGCAAAAAGCCAUGAGACACGACAGUUUGGUUACAUGUGGGUUGCUGACGGGCCGAUCGUAACCUUCAGUGUGGGGCUUGACGACUUUUAUGUUUAUUUUUUUUAAAAAAAUUACCAUCAUAUUUUUUUUCACGUAAAAGAAGAAAAAAAGGAAAGGCACAGAAAAGGGAAAUAAAGAAGAGCACGCGGGGAAAACAGACAAACUCUCUACGUGGUUUAUUUUUCCCUACUUUUUAUUGUUUAUAACGAUUGUCUUUAUGAAUAUUUACGCUUAUUGGAGAACUCUAUAAGUGGGUCGGAGAAACAAGGGAAAAGGGAUUUUUCUUCUUCCUUUCCUUCUUCUUCAGUCACUUUGUUGGUGGUGUUACUGGACUGGGAUAUUAAAUAUAGGACACAUCCCGGAGUUUAUUGGAGCGCAGACUGAUGGCGCAAAGGCUUUUCCCCCAACAGCGCGAUUUCCCUGCUCCUCUCUAACUGCUCAGUGGCGCGCGGUUUACAGGGGGGAAGGUUUGCCUGCUGCUGCUGCUGCUGCUGCCGCCGCCGCUGCCGCCGCCGCCGCCGCUUCUGCUGUGGCUGUUGCUGCCGCUGCCUGGGAAAUACAGCUACAUUUGCUGCUUAGUUUGUCUCUGAUUUUGACAAGGACGAGGGGGAAUCGCGACUAAAUAAUGUUUCUGUACGAUGAGCUGCCUCAUUACGGCGGGAUGGACGGAGUAGGGGUACCUGCUUCCAUGUAUGGAGACCCUCACGCCCCCAGGCCGAUCCCCCCAGUACACCAUUUGAACCACGGGCCGCCACUGCAUGCCAGCCAGCAUUAUGGAGCCCAUGCCCCGCACCCCAAUGUCAUGCCAGCCAGCAUGGGAUCGGCUGUCAAUGACGCCUUGAAGCGGGACAAGGAUGCAAUCUAUGGGCACCCGUUGUUCCCUCUGUUAGCUCUGGUCUUUGAAAAGUGCGAGCUCGCCACCUGCACUCCCCGAGAGCCUGGGGUGGCCGGCGGAGACGUCUGCUCCUCCGACUCCUUCAAUGAGGACAUCGCCGUCUUCGCCAAACAGGUUCGGGCAGAAAAACCACUUUUUUCUUCAAAUCCAGAAUUGGAUAAUUUGAUGAUACAAGCGAUACAAGUCUUAAGGUUUCACCUUUUGGAAUUAGAAAAGGUUCAUGAAUUGUGUGAUAAUUUCUGCCAUCGGUACAUUAGCUGUCUGAAAGGCAAAAUGCCCAUAGACCUAGUUAUUGAUGAAAGAGAUGGCAGCUCCAAAUCUGACCAUGAAGAACUCUCAGGAUCAUCCACAAAUUUAGCUGACCAUAAUCCUUCCUCUUGGAGAGAUCAUGAUGACGCAACGUCAACGCACUCAGCAGGCACACCAGGGCCUUCCAGUGGGGGCCAUGCUUCCCAGAGUGGAGACAACAGCAGUGAGCAAGGGGAUGGUUUAGACAACAGUGUAGCGUCUCCCGGCACAGGUGAUGAUGAUGAUCCAGACAAGGAUAAAAAGCGUCAAAAGAAAAGAGGAAUCUUCCCCAAAGUAGCAACAAAUAUCAUGAGAGCGUGGCUUUUCCAACAUCUCACACAUCCGUAUCCUUCAGAGGAGCAGAAGAAACAGUUAGCUCAAGACACAGGACUUACAAUUCUACAAGUAAACAACUGGUUUAUUAACGCCAGAAGAAGAAUAGUACAGCCUAUGAUUGACCAGUCAAAUCGAGCAGGUUUUCUUCUUGAUCCUUCAGUGAGCCAAGGAGCAGCAUAUAGUCCAGAAGGUCAACCCAUGGGAAGCUUUGUAUUGGAUGGUCAGCAACAUAUGGGAAUCCGGCCUGCAGGACCUAUGAGUGGAAUGGGUAUGAAUAUGGGCAUGGAUGGGCAAUGGCACUACAUGUAACCUUCACCUUGUAAACCAAUCACAAAGCAAGGGGAAAGUUUGCAAGGCAUACCAGGGGACUACAUAUCUCAGGGUGGUCCUAUGGGUAUGAGUAUGACACAAUCAAGUUACACUCCUUCCCAGAUGACCCCUCACCCUACUCAAUUAGAACAUGGACCCCAAUCCAUUUAUAUUUGCCAAGUCACUCCAUCACCCAGCCAUGAUGAUGCAUGGAGGAUCCCUUACCCAUCCUGGAAUGACCAUUUCAGCACAGAGCCCCACCAUGUUAACUUCUAUAGAACCCAAUGUCGGUGGACAGCUUAUGGACAUUCAUGCCCAAAUAGUA